UGGGCAGAGAACACAAAAACAGCAGCAACACACUUCAAUUUACAGCAUACACAGGGUAUUGACUGGUGACAAGAAGUUUCUUCACCGCACGCUUUUUUGCUGCAUUUCACUUUUUAAAAACCAUGGCAACUGAAUGCGAGGCAUGGCUUAAUGCUAACCCCGUAGAGGCGGACGACCUGAGCGACUCUUUUCUCUCCGGUGACGAGGAGCGAGGUGUCGUGCGGAAGGUUGAUAACGAGAUCAACGGGAACUGGAUCGCUGCUCCCACAUCGUCCAUUCUUGAAGCCAGGGUCAAGGCGAAGGCCAAGAGGAGACUGAGGAAGAACUCCUCCCGGGACUCUGGUCGGGGGGACUCGCUGAGCGACAAUGGGGACAGCGUCCGUGGCCCCCUCCUGCCUCCCACCAGCCCCAAGGGCAAACUGCUGGACAGACGGUCCCGAACAGGAAAAGGGAGGGGUUUGCCAAAGAAAGGUGGAGCGGGAGGGAAAGGUGUCUGGGGACCACCUGGAGAGGUCUAUGACCUUGAGGAGGUGGAUGUGAAGGACCCAAAUUAUGAUGAAGGCCAGGAAAAUUGUGUGUAUGAGACGGUGGUGUUGCCUCUGGAUGAGCGAGACUUUGAGAAGACCGUAACGCCCAUUGUGCAAGAGUACUUCGAGCAUGGGGACACCACUGAAGUGGCGGAGCUGCUGGGGGAGCUGAACCUGGGCCACAUGAGGAGCGGAGUCCCCAUGCUGGCCGUGUCCCUGGCCCUGGAGGCCAAAGCCAGCCACAGGGAGCUGACGUCUCGCCUGCUGUCGGACCUGUGCGGGCAGAUGCUCACGCUCCGAGACAUGGAGACCGCCUUCCACAAGCUGCUGCAGGAGCUCCCGGAUCUGGUGCUGGACACACCAGGGGCUCCGCAGCUUGUUGGCCAGUUCAUUGCUCGAGCUGUCAGGGAUGAAAUCCUAUCCAAAAGUUACAUCGAGAGCUACAAAGGGAAAGUGGACUGUGAGCAUGCAAGGGCGGCGCUGGACAGGGCAGCAGUGUUGCUGAAGAUGGGCAGGGGGGGUUUGCGCAUUGACAACCUGUGGGGCUCGGGUGGGGGCCAGAGACCUGUCACCCAGCUCAUCAAAGAGGUUAAUCUUCUUCUGAAGGAGUAUCUCCUAUCUGGAGAUGUAGUUGAAGCGGAGAGAUGUUUGAGAGAACUGGAGGUGCCACACUUCCACCAUGAGUUUGUCUAUGAGGCAAUAGUCAUGGUAUUGGAGUCUAAAGGGGACAAAACAUUCAAAAUGGUUCUGCAGCUGCUGAAGUUUCUGUGGCAGUCGUCUGUGAUCACUGUGGACCAAAUGAGAAGGGGGUUUCAAAGAGUUUACAUGGACAUAGCAGAAAUUAAUAUUGACGUCCCCUGUGCAUAUGCCCUACUGGAGCAAUUUGUGGAUAAGAGCUUCAGUGCUGGUAUUAUAGACAAAAGACUAAGGGACCUGUGUCCUUCACGAGGACGCAAGAGAUUUGUGAGUGAGGGGGAUGGCGGGCGUCUUAAAUUGGAGAGCUACUGAAGAGGAACUCUGGGAACCAGCCCGUGCCAGGAGUAUUCAAAAUACUGGAGCUCAUUUUUACAAUUCAGAUAUUUGUCAUAAUGGUUUAGAUGCAAAACACUCCUUUCAAUGAUAAAGAAUGUACAUUUCUGGAAACAUUUAAUGGAAAUUUAAAGGUACCUUUUCUUUUCUGUUAGGAGGUAAACGUAAGCAUACUGUGUCUGACCGAUGUCUGCAAAUAAGCUAACUCAGAAAGUGCCAGACCUUUCAAUGACGUAGUCAUUCCAUGUUUUUUGUAUUGAUUUUUUUUUUUCUUUCUUCCCCACUGCCACUCCUUUUUUCCUGACAGUAGUGUUUGUACAAGAAUCACUGGUUUGUGUAUAAAGCUUUAUAUUAAAGGGGGCACAUUCGUUCAGAGCAGUUACUCCCCUUAUCAGCUGCUAUUGUUUAUAGAUGCUGUGCUUCAAAUAUUUCUCUAUAUGAAUGACAACUGAAGGCAACAGAAUGCAGAGGAAACCAGUGAGGGUCAGUUUCACAAAAUGGUGUCCAGAAUGUUUAUUUUUAUAUUUUAACACUGGUGAGUGAAAUGUACCCAGUCUUGGUCGCUGUUUAUGUUCAAAACAUGAAAUAAACUGCAACAAAA